AUGAGUUCUCCUACUAAAGAAGAAAGUGAUCCAGAUGAAAAUGCUCAGAAAAAUUCUGAAAAUGACUCUUCUAAUGACUGUAAUACAGACUUGGAGUCUCCAUCUGCUGAUCCUGAUAUGAUCUAUCAGGCAGUAAUCAACCCAAUAAACAGGGAGCUGGGCACAUCAACCGCCCAGGAAGAUGUUGUUCCUCAAGCAGCAGAAAAUAGUGAGCUUGAAACAGAGAUUCAAAAAGAUCCUCAAGAAGAAGACAUCAAAGAUGAGGAGUCUCUUCUACUUCAGAUCCCCAUUCCUAGAAAAUUUGUUUCUCAUGGGCCCUUAAAUGAUAGAUCAGGAUCCCACUCGGGCAAAGUUGAAAUGAAAACAAACAGUUUCCGUCAUAGCACCAUAAAUUACAAAACCCGUUUUCAACUCACAGUUUCAUGGAGAGUCCCAUUUUUUAACAAUCAUGAGAUAAGAAGUAUGAUUCUCCGUCUGCUAUGUGGGAGAUAUUUCUCUCAGGCUGCAGGGUGUCAGAAUACCAUGUGGGUAAAGCAAAAAUAUAUAGCUUGUCUUUACCAUCCAAAUAAUUUCACCCAUAGUGACAGAGCCAUAAUAUUUGGAAGGCCUUUGAGGGAGCAGUACUACCAUCCCCUCAUUGAGAGAAUGACGUCUGGAAAAUUUUACAAAUCAACUGACCCUAAAGGGAAAUACAGAUUCCAAAUUGUUGUGAGUCCAGUGCUCUAUAUUUCACGGAUCCAAAUUCAAUGUACUUUUAGUAUAAAGCGUUUUGUGGAUAUUUGUAGAUCUAAUCAUAACUUGAGGGUUAUGCUCAUAAACACCAAUAAUGGUUGGAAAUACUUUUGUCCUAUCUGCAGAAGGACAUUUAACAUUCUCUUUGAACUUAGACAACAUUCGUGCAACUUUCCUGGAAAUUAAGUAAAAUUUCGGUAAAUUCAUUUUAAAAUAUAACUUCUAAAAAUUCAUAAUUUGACUACCAAAGUAAGACAAAAUUGCAUGAACAUAAAUUUUAGCAUUAUCAGAUAGAGUGGCAGAAAGGAACACAAACUAAUAGUACAUCUCAGUAAGAAAUACCUGUGGGGAAAGAAGAAACCUCUGUUUAUACUGUGCUUUUGAAAGUACAUCAUUGAAAUAUCAGGCCAGUCAUCUGUAUUGAGUCAACAGUUGAAUCAAGCAAAUGUUUUCAGUUUCUUAACAUCUUUUUCUGUAGAUAGAAACAUUGUUAACAUAAAACAGUCUAAGUAAACAGGAUUCUGACUAAGAUAGCAAACAUAUAUUGGAAGGUCAGAUAAAAUUCUACCAGGUAUUUCCAGAAAUUCUGCUAAAUUUAAUAUCUGUUAUGUUCUGCAUAUAUUCAAUAAAAAUCAAUUUAAAGG